UUUUCAUUGCGAAAUUGCACAAAAAUCUUCCAAAAUUACAAUUAAAAUUAAUUAAGAAAUUCCCAAGAAAGAAUGACGAAUUUGAAGCUGAAUUUGUGCGUGGCUGCUUGUGAGAAUCUCGGCAUUGGUCUCAAUGGGAAUCUCCCGUGGCACUUGAAGCAGGAACUCAAGCACUUCAAUCGCGUGACCACCAAAGUUGCGGAUCCGGCGAGGAAAAAUGCCGCAAUAAUGGGUCGGAAGACCUACUUUGGUAUUCCGGAGAAGAAGAGACCCCUCCCAGGGCGUCUCAACAUUGUCCUCUCCCGACAGGAUGACCUGAAAUUGCCCGAAGAGGUGAUUGUGUGCAAAAGUCUCUCAGAAGCCAUCAAGCUCUUGGAUACAGAGCAGUACAAGAAGGAAAUUGAAAAUAUCUGGAUUGUAGGAGGCUAUUCGGUGUACAAGGAAGCAAUGGAAUCAGAAAACUGCCAUAGAAUUUACUUUACGGACAUCAAGAAGAACAUUGAGUGCGAUGCUUUCUUUCCAAGCAUUCCGGAGAGCUUCAAAUUGGUCCCAAAUGACGAUGACAUUCCAUCGGAAGUGCAGGAGGAGAAUGGUAUCAAGUACCAGUAUCUUUUGUAUGAGAAAAUUAAGGAAUAAAUUUUGAGAUUUUUACAGAAA